UUCCGAUUUGUUGAGACCAGAGAAAAGCUUUACACGAAAGAAAUAAAAAUUAAAUUUCAUUGAAACAUCAACAGCUAUUUUAACCUCCCAGUUAGUGCAUUAUUAAGCAUUUUAUUGGAGGAUAUUGAAAACAAACGAUUAACAAUCCAAGUAUCAGAGCAAAAAAACAUUACUUUUACUGUGUGAGUCAACAUUUUUAAAGCAACAAAAACAUCAAUCAAUCAAGAAAAGGAAUAAAAAUGAAAAUUUAAUUAUUCCAAUUCCAUGACAACUAUGUUUUUCCAUGGUUCAACUGAGUGAUAAAUUUCACUGUUCGGCUUCUCGACUCUGACCAUUACUCCCACGAUAUUCACUCCCAGUCUUCAGAAUUCUCACUCCCAGCUUGGAUAUUCACUCCCAGUUUUCCGGUUAAAAUUGUAGAAUUCGGAAUUCGAAAUUUUUUGGAAUUGUUUCUCAUCAAUUUAUCUUGCCCCCCAACGAUUUUCACUCUCAGUUUUCGGAAAAUUAUGGAAUUUGAAAUUCGAAAUUUUGUGAAAUUUUUUUCGAUUUUUUCUCAUAAAUUUUAAUCUUGCAUACAUCAUAAUUUUGCCUCCCAACGAUUUUCACUCCCAGUCAUAUUUUACUCCCAGCUUGGAUAUUCACUCCCAGUUGUUUGGAAUAGAAUUUUGAAAAGUGAAAUUCGAUUUGAAUUUGUUGGAAAUUUUUUCUUUUCGUUUCGUCGAAGUGUUUCAAUUGUGUGUUGUGCUUAUUGUCAUCAUGUUCAACUCUAAACAUGGGACUUGGUUCGAGUAAAGAUGAAUUUAAAUCAAUUUCCGUGACUGAAAAUGGUCCUCAACUGUUGUUUGGUUCAAAUAAAAAUUAUUCAAGUGAAUUAUUGGUUGAACAUUCACACGAACAAGCAAGCUCAACUUAUCCUGAAACUAAUAGAUCAACAUUUUCAUCUUCCAUGUCAUCAUCCCCUGCCUUUCAACAUUUAUUACCAAGUCAAUUGUUGUCUUCACCUGACAUGGUGAAUGUCAAUAUUUUGAGCAACAUUGAAUCUAAUAAUAAUAAUCGAAACAACAGAGUCAAUAGUGUGAAUAGAGAUCAUUUAAAUGGAAAUGGAAAUGAUAAAGAGAUGAACGAAAUUUUACACUUUUUAAACAACUCUAGUUCUGUUCAUGCAACCAACAAAAAUUGUUCAUUUACUGAUUCAGUGAUCAACUCGAGAAUCGACUGUAAUUCUAGUUCCAUUUUAUUAACAACAACACCAACAACACCUUUAUCAACUCCUUCAUCACCUUCAUUAUCACCUUCAUCCCUGUCUUUAUCAUCUAUUAAUGGUUUAAAUAAUAGCUUUGCUCAUCAAGACAGACAACAAGAACAUUAUCGCUCAAAAGGUGAAAGGAAUCCAUUAAAGUUACAUCAUCAUCAACUGAUUAAUAGAAUCUCAUUGAUGGAUAAAGAUUUCAAAGAAAAUGAAAAAUGUUCCAAGUUGAUUAGUAGUGUUGAUGCGAAUCAAGUUAAUGAUGUUAAGCAGAGUGAAGAUGAGGUUACACUUGAUAUUGAUGGUAAAAAGGAAACUGAUCAAGUAAUCUUUGAGAUUGACAAGUUGCUUUCGGAAUCGGACGAUUUGUUGACUCCAUCGCCUUACAAAUGGAGACGAGGACGAAGUCUUGGUAACAUUGAGUCGACUGAUGAAAGGUUUAAUAGUGGAAGUAAAUCUGAUUAUGGUAAUAGAUCAAUGGACUCUUUAAUCAAAACUGAUGACUCUGCUAGUGAUUCAGUGAAGGAAAUUGAUAAUUUCAAUCCAAUAUUGGACGAGAGUAGCAAAAACGCUGAUCAGGAAGAUAAAUUUGAGACUAUUGAAGAUAUGAUAUGUAAAGAGAUGGACAGGCCGAUUAAAACUAAAGUGGAAUCGUAUGAUGAAGUGGAAAAAGAAUUGAUCCAUUCGAUUGAAUCGGAAUACAUUGAUUAAUCAUAAGACUUUCACUUCUAACGGAACAUUCAAUAGAUUAG